AGUCCCCUCCCUCUUUCAAGAUGGCCACUCCCCGCAGCGCUAAGAAGGCUUCCCGCAAGUCUGGCUCGAAGUCCGCCAAGGCCGGUCUGAUCUUCCCGGUCGGCCGCGUCGGCUCGAUCCUGCGCCGCGGCCAGUACGCGCGCCGCAUCGGUGCCGCCGGUGCGGUGUACAUGGCGGCGGUGGUGGAGUACCUGACCGCUGAGCUGCUGGAGCUGUCCGUGAAGGCUGCUGCGCAGAGCGGCAAGAAGCCCCGCCGCCUGAGCCCGCGCACCGUGACGAUGGCGGUGCGCCACGACGACGACAUCGGUUCUCUGCUGAAGAACGUGACGGUGUCGCGCGGUGGCGUUGUGCCGAGCAUCAACAAGGCGAUCGCGAAGAAGAAGAGCGGCAAGAAGAGCAAGGCCACACCGAGCGCUUAA